AUGUCGAGAUCCGUCGGUAUUGAUUUAGGUACUACCUACUCCUGUGUGGCCCACUUUUCCAACGACCGUGUUGAGAUUAUCGCCAACGACCAAGGUAACAGAACCACUCCAUCUUUCGUUGCCUUCACUGACUCCGAGAGAUUGAUCGGUGAUGCUGCCAAGAACCAGGCCGCCAUGAACCCUGCCAACACUGUUUUCGACGCCAAGCGUUUGAUCGGUAGAAAGUUCGAGGACGCCGAGGUCCAAGGUGACAUCAAGCACUUCCCAUUCAAGGUCGUUGACAAGGGUGGAAAGCCACAAAUCCAGGUCGAGUUCAAGGGUGAGACCAAGGUCUUCACUCCUGAGGAGAUCUCUUCCAUGAUCUUGACCAAGAUGAGAGAGACCGCCGAGUCUUUCUUGGGUGGCUCUGUCACUGACGCUGUUGUCACUGUCCCAGCUUACUUCAACGACUCCCAAAGACAAGCCACCAAGGAUGCUGGUUUGAUUGCUGGUUUGAACGUUAAGAGAAUCAUCAACGAGCCAACCGCCGCUGCUAUCGCUUACGGUUUGGACAAGAAGACCGAGCAGGAGAAGAAUGUUUUGAUCUUCGACUUGGGUGGAGGUACUUUCGAUGUCUCCUUGUUGUCCAUUGAGGACGGUAUCUUCGAGGUCAAGGCCACCGCUGGUGACACUCACUUGGGUGGUGAGGACUUCGACCACAGAUUGGUCAACCACUUCGUCAACGAGUUCAAGCGUAAGCACAAGAAGGACUUGUCCACCAACCAACGUGCCUUGAGACGUUUGAGAACUGCCUGUGAGCGUGCUAAGAGAACCUUGUCCUCUUCUGCUCAAACCUCCAUCGAGAUCGACUCCUUGUACGAGGGUAUUGACUUCUACACUUCCAUCACCAGAGCUCGUUUCGAGGAGUUGUGUCAAGACUUGUUCAGAUCCACCUUGGACCCUGUCGAGAAGGUCUUGAGAGACGCCAAGGUCGACAAGUCCCAAGUUGACGAGAUCGUCCUUGUCGGUGGUUCCACCAGAAUUCCAAAGGUCCAAAAGUUGGUCUCUGACUUCUUCAACGGUAAGGAGCCAAACAAGUCCAUCAACCCUGAUGAGGCUGUUGCAUACGGUGCCGCUGUCCAAGCCGCUAUCUUGUCUGGUGACACUUCUUCUAAGACCCAAGACUUGUUGUUGUUGGAUGUUGCCCCAUUGUCCUUGGGUAUUGAGACCGCUGGUGGUAUCAUGACCAAGUUGAUUCCUCGUAACUCUACUAUCCCAACCAAGAAGUCUGAGACUUUCUCCACUUACGCUGACAACCAGCCAGGUGUCUUGAUUCAAGUCUUCGAGGGUGAGAGAGCCAAGACUAAGGACAACAACUUGUUGGGUAAGUUCGAGUUGUCUGGUAUCCCACCAGCUCCAAGAGGUGUCCCACAAAUUGAGGUCACUUUCGACAUUGACGCUAACGGUAUCUUGAACGUUUCCGCUUUGGAGAAGGGUACUGGUAAGACUCAACAAAUUACCAUCACCAACGACAAGGGUAGAUUGUCCAAGGAGGACAUUGAGAGAAUGGUCUCCGAGGCUGAGAAGUACAAGGAGGAGGACGAGAAGGAGGCUUCUCGUGUCCAAGCCAAGAACGGUUUGGAGUCUUACGCAUACUCUCUUAAGACUACUCUUGCUGAGGACGAGUUCAAGUCCAAGUUGGAGUCCGACGAUGUCGAGAAGGUCACCAAGGCCGCUGAGGAGGCUAUUGCUUGGUUGGACGACAACCAAACUGCCACCACCGACGAGUUUGCUGACAAGCAAAAGGAGUUGGAGGGUGUUGCUAACCCAAUCAUGGCCAAGGCUUACCAAGCUGGUGCUGCCCCAGGUGGUGCUGCUGCUGGUGGUUUCCCAGGUGGAGCCCCAGGUGGUUUCCCAGGUGCUGGUGGUGCUGCUCCAUCCAACGAUGGUCCAACUGUCGAGGAGGUCGACUAA